CAGACAUGUUGUAUCUCGGAAUAUUACUUUGCCUGUUGGCCUUGAGUUCUUCUAUAAGUCAGGACCAAAAGGAUGUGUGUAAUCUAAUAUACAUUUGUGACAAUGUUUCGGAAUUGAAAUCAGAGAUGGCUGCUAUGCGUGAAGAGCAACAACACCAGACUGAGAUCCUCGAGGGAUUGACAGUUUCUGGAACCCUGUCGUAUCCCUUAAGCUGUGCCGAGGUAUCGAAGACCACCAAACUCCAUAUCCGUGUUCCUGAGUACAGUGAAGAUCCCUUUGAGGUGGCCUGCGAUCAGCGGAGUCACGGUGGCGGCUGGACCAUAAUCCUACGAAGAAACGAUGGAAGCCAGGACUUUUAUCUCGAAUGGGAGGACUACAAACACGGAUUUGGCCAGCUGGGCAACGAGUUCUUUCUGGGUCUCGAUAAAAUUCACGGUAUUACCGCAGCUGAGCCCCAGGAGUUGCUGGUUCUAUUGCAGGAUUAUGAAGGCACCAAACGAUACGAGAUGUACGAUGACUUCAAGGUGGGCCCCGAGAGUAACAACUACACCCUGGAAUCGCUGGGAAUUGCCUCUGGAGAUGCCGGUGAUUCACUUACCGAGCAGUUGGGCAUGAUGUUCAGCACCAAGGAUCGAAAAAAUGAUUUGAGAACAAAUGGAGAAGAAUGCGCCAUAAUAUAUACAGGUGCCUGGUGGUACGCGAAUUGCCAUGCAAGCAAUUUGUGUGGCAAGUAUGGCGAUAACUCUCAUGGAAAAGGAGUAACCUGGUAUUCAUUUAGGGGUAACGGCUACUCGCUCAAGAGCGCCAUGAUGAUGAUAAGACCAAAGACUUCGGCACUAAACUAAAUUAAAAUCAGCUUAAAAGUCUAAAAUUAAUAAUAAUUUGCGUAAUCGUGAA